AUAUAAUAAUGUCUCGAACGUUUCAGAAUUUCAAAGAUCGUUUAUCAACCAUAGUACCUAUACACACAUCUAAACCAUUAAAAAGGUAGUAUGUGUUAAAAAGAUCCAACGGUGAAAAACAAGGCACGGAUCUAAAGCCUAAAAGCCAAGUCUGUCAUUCGAAAUAUGAAAGGGUAGCCAAUCUUUUCAGCCCCAAUUUUUUACUUUCCCUUUGUUCUUACCCCGCAAGAGAAAAAAAAGUCGCGCCUCGAAACCAUGGACGACCUCACCUUCGGAGACCUGAGCUUCGAAGAGAUGACCUUCGGAGACCUGAUCAGGUUACGAAGCAGGAACCAGCAUUUCGUCAUGCCAAAAGCAAAAAGAGAAGAACUCGCCGGUGCUUACACAUGCGUCUACUGGAACAUCGACGAUUACCCAAUCCCUGACGAUAUCAAGCAUGAUUUGAUUUAUUCGAAUAUCAAAUCAGCUCUUGAGAAAAUGGGUUAUCGUUGUUCGGAUUUGGAAAUCUUUGCUUAUGGUGAGAAGAUAAAGGAAGCCACCGAGCUAAACGAAUUGUUCGAUGCCGGAAUCAAGUACUCCAAUCACAAGGUUCCAUAUAUUGAAAUGUUACGGGACAUUGUUGGAUCCAACCAUAAAUCAUCAUCAAAUUUGAUGGUAAUCUCGAAAAGUCACCCUCAAGACACGGAAUCCCGAAGGGUUCUUCGGGCUUUGAAUUCAAGAGGUUCCCAUGUUCUCUUAGUACAGCCUCAGCCUGAAAGCCAAGCGUCAGAACAGCUGUUUCAUCGUCCAGACCUACUAUGUUGCUCUACAUAUCUAUUAGAUGGACGAAAGGCUAUGGACCAUAAAAGAGGAACCCCUUCACCACAGGUCUUUACUUCUCCCCUUUGUCGCUCGAACUUCCAAGAUCGCUCGAACAAGCAAGAUUUCUCUGAGCCUACCACACCUGUCAUAGGCGGAGCUAAGACAGGCGUCUUCUGGGACGUCCCCUAGCUCUGGAUACACAAUCUUCGAUCCAUCUUUGGUGCUUUAACUUUUGGCGGUGCUCGAUUUGCAAACCCAAAAAAAAAGGGUGAAAUUUUUUGUCCUCUCUGACUUCUGCAGGCUUUAAUUUUUUGUUCAAUUUGGUUUUUUUUUUUUCUUCCUUUUCAUGAUUCUAAUCACAUAGAUUAGGUUCAAAUUCAUAGGCUUCUAUAUCAUGCAAGUAGAGUGAAGAAAUUAAAAGAAUGACUCUUUGUUUCCUAUGUGUGCUCUAAAGAUCAUUCACAUAUAAUAACUUUGAAUUUACUUAUAAUAACUUUGAUCUUCUGUUUUUGUUUCCUUUUUGUGUUCUAAAGAUCAUUCAUUUACCAAUGAUAACUUAUGCUACAACAAGGAAUCAUAUCCUCCACUACAACAAAGAACCAAAUUCUUGACGUUUCUUUCUUUACUUUCAAAACCCUCCGCUACUUUCGAAUCCAAUUCAUUCUUGUUGUUUUGGUUUUGAUCCCUUUCUCUAUUUCUCAAAAUUUGUUGUUUUUUUCUUCUAUAUAAACCUCAUGGAGACACACAAACACAACACACAACACACAAGUCUCUCUAACUCAAACACACACAAGUCUCUCUAACUCAAACACAAGAUGUGGUCAAGCAAACGAGGUGGUAAGAACGUCUCCAAUGGUAAGUGCUUCUAAAGAGUCUCUUAAACAUAAAAAGAAAUGAUUAUUUUGUUAUGUAAUUAAAUUUUAAUUUUAAAAAGAAAAUAAACCAAUAUGGGAGAGACAUGUUGCUUAGAAGGGUUUAAUAAGUAUUAAGAGCCCCUCUUCAUGCUAUUAUUUAAGAGUCCUUCUUAAUUCUCUUUCUUUUUUUCAAUAUUUUGAUUGAAUUUUUAAUUAAAAUUCUGCUAAUUAAGGAUCUUCCAUUGGAGGUGGUAUAAGAUAUAUCGUUUUAGAAUCAAGUCGGUUUCCAUUUUUAAUUGAUUGACAUCGUAAAAUAAUAAACUUAUACCCAUGCAAGUCCACAAUUCAGUUCUAUCUGAUAGUAAUUUCGUUUAUUUUUUUUAUUUUUUUUUCAUACGAAAGCAUCUAGUUCCAAAGAGCCAUCAGACCAUUUUAUUAAAAAGUAUGGAGUCACCAUCUUCUGGGACUUUGAAAACCAAACGGUCAACAGAAAUACCGAAGAUCUAUCUCAACUUAAAGGUAAUAUCGAAGUUGCCUUGAAAACACUAGAUCAUCGCUUCUUCAUCCAUGGCAAGCCAAAGGGGUUUGGCAAAUUUAAAGGAGAGAAUUGGAGAGAAGUCAUAGAACUGCAGAAUACUGAUGCGUUCGAUUUGCAAAAUGUGGACACUAAAACAGUUCCGUGUGAUGCUGGUGGUUGUAAUAUGUGGACACAAAAUGUAAUAUAAACAAAUAUAAACAAAUAUAAACAAAUGUAAUAUAAACAAAGGAGAGAGGGGUGAGUUCGUUAGGUGUCUGAACCGGCUCUUUUUAUGCCCUAGAAUCUCUAAGUAACAUCAAAAGCUUUUGAAAUAUCUUUAGAGAUCAUCAAAACUCGCUAAUAGCAUUGAGGGACCACAGAUAAUAACUAGGAGCUCAGGUUCCAAGCUGAAGAGUUUUCCAGAAAUGGUAAAACAUCUUAUUUCAAUGUAGCAUUGGUCCUCGUGUGUACAUUGGAGAAGUAAAAAUUCUUCUCUUUAAACAUUAGUUUCUUUAAGCUUCCUCUUGUACGUGUUACAAUCUAAACAAGUUAACUCUGCUAGCAAUAUACAAACUCUCUGAUCAA